CUAGAACAUCCUUGUUGUUUAUAUCGCCCGGCAGUGGCUCGCUCCUCUUCACCUGACCCGAAUCACGCGCUCAGCUGGCGCAAGGGGCUGAACAAAUCGAACGCAGCCGCUGCCGUGUUUUGUUGUUUUUCCAGCGGUGUGUCGCGAUCGGCCUGUCAGACCGUGGGACUUUUCGCUGGAACGACGGGACAGGAGCAACCGGGAUGCACAUGACUAAAAAGACCAGGAACACAAUGAAACCUCCGUCGCAGACAUCCCCUUUAAGCAGCAUAGUGUUUGAAGGCGUCUACAACAAUGCCAGAAUGCUUCACUUCCUCACAGCAGUCGUGGGCUCCACCUGCGAUGUGAGGGUGAAGAACGGCGCCGCGUACCAAGGAAUCUUCAAGACUUUAAGCUCUCAGUGCGAGCUGGCCGUGGAUGCCGUCCACAAGCAGAGCGAUGGGGACGGAGGAGGAGGGGAGGAAGGUGGAGGAAGCAGCCAGUCCCCUCCACCUAAGAUUGAAGACAUAACCGACACCAUGAUCUUCAGCCCCACCGACCUGGUGACGAUGACCUGUCGCGACGUCGACCUCAACUUCGCCGUCAAAGACGCGUUCACCGACACGUCCAUCAGCUCGUCGCGGCUGAACGGGGAUCAUCGGGAGAAAGUCCUGCAGAGGUGGGACGGGAACGGGGAGAACUUUGAACUGGAGGCGGACUCGUCUAACGGUUGGGAUGCUAACGAGAUGUUCAGGUUCAACGAGGAGGCGUACGGAGUGAAGUCCACUUAUGACUCCAGCCUCUCCAUGUACACCAUGCCUCUGGAGAAGGGCACGUCCGAGGUCUUCCGGCAGCGGGAGGCGCGAGCCGCCCGGCUGGCCAAUGAGAUCGAGGGCAGCCUGCAGUACCGCCGGCGGGUCUCCCUGGAGAACGACGAGGGCCGCAGCGAGGAGGACAAGUACAGCUCGGUGGUCCGGGGGGGGGAGGACCGGGCCAGCCCCGGGUUCGCGUCCAGCGGGAGGGAAGGUAAAUACAUCCCUCUCCCGCAGCGAGCCCGAGAGGUCGGCCUGUCUGGCAGAACUGGAGCGUCGGGUCGGACCGCCGCGCCUCCAGGCCCAUCGAGGAACCCACCAGCAGGCUCCACCUCCGACCGGAGCAGCACGCUGUCCGUCAAGACCACCUACUCCCCCCACCAGUCGCAGGGCAGCCCGCCGGCUGCCGGCAGCCCCCCCUGCACCAAUAGCGUCCUGCCGCACUCUCUCUCUCACCAAAAGGCGCUCGCCGACUCCACCUGCUCCACCGUCAAUGGAGUCACAUCCAGGACUUCCCCCAAAACCCAGAGAAUUCAGAGCAGCAGAACCCUGAGGAACCCAAACUCCCAGUGCUCACCUGCAGGAGUCUCUCGUGCUGCUAAACCCGACGCCCCCCCACAGGAAGUUCCUCUGGUCAGUCCUGUUUUCCUGGACUCUGCCUCCUCCGCUUCUGUCACCAUAGCAACCACCGCCAAGCCCUCCGGCCCCACCCCUCUGUUCCCCGUCGAUGGUGAGACGCUUCUGUGUGUGUGUGUGUGUGUGUGUGUGUGUGUGUAUCUAUAUAGAUACUCACACACUCACUCACAAAUGAUCAGCCAAUCAUAUGGCAGCAACUCACUGCCUUUAGCACGUAGACGUGGUGAGAAAGAAUAAAACACUGUAGCAAACGGGGGGGAGAGGGCUUAUGUGACG